GCUUGGGGUGUAGAAGGUGUGCUUAUGGUAGAUGGGCAGAGAGAAGGAGCCUGUUCCAAAGUUUAUCUGCACCUUCUCUUCUCAGAGACCAGAAAACUUCUUGACACCAAACAACAGCAAGGCUCUUCCUACCUUGGACCCCAAGAUCCUAGAUGAGAAGCUGGGAACCAUCCAAGAGUCCUGGUCCAAGGACACAGUGAGCUCCACAAUGGACUUGAGCACGUCCAUGCCACGGGAAGUAGAGGAGGAGCCUCUGGUGCCUGAGACGUCCCGCGACACAGAGAUGAACAAUUACCGGCGGGCCAUGCAGAAGAUGGCAGAGGACAUCCUGUCUCUGCAGAGACAGGCCAGCAUCCUGGAAGGAGAGAACCGCAUACUGAGGAGUCGCCUGGCCCAGCAGGAGGAGGAAGAGGAGCAGGGCAAAGCCAGUGAGGCCCAGAACGUGGUGUCCAUGAAGCAGAAACUGCUGCUGAGUGAGCUGGAUAUGAAGAAACUGAGGGACAGGGUGCAGCAGUUGCAGAAUGAGCUGAUUCGAAAGAAUGAUCGAGAGAAGGAGCUGCUCCUUCUGUAUCAGGCCCAGCAGCCACAGGCUGCUCUGCUGAAGCAGUACCAGAGCAAGCUGCAGAAGAUGAAGGCGCUGGAGGAGACCGUGCGGCACCAGGAGAAGGUGAUCGAGAAGAUGGAGCGGGUGCUGGAGGACAGGCUACAGGAUGGGAGCAAGCCCCCUCCUCCGAACAGGCAGCAGGGAAAGCCCUACACGGGCUUCCCUGUGUUUUCAGCCUCUGGCCUUCCCUUGGGUUCUACGGGAGAGAACCUGCCAGUUGAACUUUACUCGGUGCUGCUGGCAGAAAACGUGAAGCUGCGGGUGGAGCUGGAUAAGAACCGCCACCAACCAGCCCCCAUCAUUCUGCAGCAACAGGCCCUGCCGGUGGACCCCGGGGAGUUGGGAGCAGGAGGAGACUUGGCAGAGAGGCUGCGAGAGACGCAUGGCCCAGGCCACUCAGAGUGCACAGAGACCCUGCCCGCACAGGAUCUCCUCUCUGGUACUUCAGACAAGUUCAACCUCCUGGCCAAGCUGGAACGCGCUCAGAGCCGGAUCCUGUCCCUGGAAAGCCAGUUAGAGGACUCAGCUCGACGCUGGGGACGAGAGAAGCAGGAUCUGGCCACACGGCUGCAGGAGCAAGAAAAAGGUUUCAGGCACCCCUCGAACUCCAUCAUCAUAGAACAGCCCGUGAGUGACCCCCCUGGAGUAGCUUCUGGGGGUUCAGGUGGUAGAGCAGGAAGCCACCUCACCCCCAAAGUCACUGGGCCCUGAGAAAAGCCAUCGUGGGGCCAACUCCAGGGCUGGGAGUCAGGAGUCCUAGGCUCCCAUUCCUGCUCCAUUACCAACCAAAGGCUCGGUCUUAAUUCCCCCACCUGUCUGAGGGGAACAGAAAACCCCUGCCAAGACUACCCCUUCCCCCACGGGGUGGUGUGAAACUCAAGGAGAUGACUGUGGAUGAGGGGCCAUGCAGGCAUCUCCGGGAUGCCCUGACACUGAGUGUGCUUUAGACCUGGCUGCGCUCAUGGACAGAGUAGCUUGUGGCCCCACACCCCUGACUCCAUAGAGCGUAAGAUUCUCAAAUUCGCACACCCUUCUUAGAUAGCCACAAUGUCGGGCCUGCUCACAACUGCCCCUCAAGUUCAACCCCGGGACCGCCCAGCCCCGCAAAGCAAAGACCCUGACUUCUCCUGCUCCUGAGCCAGCUAUGCUUUGUCCAUGGCCAGAGGCUCUGCAGCGGCUCCUGGGAGAGGCCUGGAAAGGAUGAGGGAACAGCCAAGGAACAAAGGCAACCUUUGCACACUCACCUGAGCCCUGGGGACUCCUGGAGAAAUUAGGUGUCACCUGCUGUGGCAAAAUGAGUUUAGAAAUCUUUGAGAGGUCAUGGCCCACUGGGUUCUGGAUACUCUGAGGCCUGGUUUAUCAGGCAAUAGGCCCUUGAGCAGGUCGCCCCCUGGGAAUGGGGGAUACUCAUGUGCCCCACUUUGCACACUGCAGAGUGCCCUCACCCACUCCACGGACCUCAAGCAGCCCUCAAAUCUGGAGCCCCUGCUGCCCAGCUCAGACACUAAGCUCAACAAGCCCUCGAACCCCCAGAAGGAGACCGCUAACUCUCAGCAGACCUGAGCCCCAGCGCAGGCCUCCUUCCCUGUGUGCUGGGAAGGAAUCUCAUCCCCGCCACCUGAAAACGACUUUAUUAAAUGUUGUAGCUCUGUGAGCAUUUGCCUCUUUCCUGGAGCAGGGCAGCCUGGGGACCCUGCUUCCUCCUCUUAGACCCCACUCUGGGCCUGGGCCUGGGCCUUCUACUGCAGCCUUACAGCCUCUCGCCUGCCCCAGGAGCCAGCAUGUUUGGAAAGCCAAGGGCCACAGUGGACAAGGAGGGUGGAGAGAAGAGGCCUUCCAAAGCAGGGAGACGGGCCCUUUCCAGACUCCAAGAAGCAGCAAGGCCACCAGAGACCAGUUCUGUUGGGAGAUACGAGGGAGGCUUGUCGUUUUCAUCUGCCCCAAAACAUCUAUCGUGUCUGA